AGUUUAUCAUGUAUUUUCUAUAUUUUUUAGGAUAACUCAACUCAAUCAUUGUAUUUUAAUAAUAUUUUAACGUGUUUGUGUUUGACAUUGUGAUGGCUGCUCUUGACAGAUUCCGGUGUGACGAUGAGACCGGAGAAAUAGUAAUGUACCAGGUCAAUGAAGAAACUGGGGAACCAUCUCAUCAUAAUAUGCAUAAAAGUAAUCCAGGUCAAGGAAUAAAAUGCCCACGAAAUCAUAUAAAAUUUCCUGGGGGAUAUAUGAGUAAAACAAAAAAAUUUCAAACUCUGAAGGAAAACAUUUUAUCUGGUUCUAACACUGCGAGUCACAGAAUGCUUCUCUCAAUACCUACAUUAAUGAUUUUUCCUAGUCUAGUGUGUGUGAUCUUAGUGAUACUUGAAAUUUUUCUCCAUAUUAGUUGUCACAGAAAGAAUGUUAUGUUAAAAGAUUCUAACCUGUUUUAUCAAAGCCCAUUUCAUGUUGUUACGAGUAUAUUUUGUGGAGUAUGCAGAGAUAGUAAUACAGCCUCAAAAAUAACUGCUCUACAAGACAAAAGGCGCAACCAUUAUAAUUAUUUUACUGGAUCAUAGCAUUCUUUUGGUAAAUAUUACAUAUAAAUUUAAAAUACAGUUAAGGGAAUUUAUGGGUUACUAACCUUUGUUUAUGACUUUAUUCUAAUCAUACUUAUUUGUUAUCAGCCCUGCAUUUAAAUUUUUCCAUCUUUUAUAACUGUUUCAACAAAGCUUAUUUUAUUUUUUUUAUAUUAUAAUUUUUUCAAAAUA